UAAAAGGAAAUUUUGGGUCAGGUCAACACUUAAAUUGCAUAUUACCACCGUACAAUAGCUGAGACUGACUUUGAAAAGCCUUUGCACAUUAAUUGAGAGUUUGACCUUCAAACGUUAACACGCUAUGACUUUUCACUAAUGAUACCCACCAAUACACCAUACAAAAAGGUCUGGUCACCAAAAACAUAUAAGCUUAACCACUAAUUCGUUCUGCUUCUCGUUAUAAAAUCGUGAAUAGCAUGUUAUAUUUGUUUGUUCAACGAUUUGACAAAUACUCUUGAAUGAAGAGUUCGGUCUUACCUGAAAAUAGCCUCAUGUGCGUAAACAGCAACGAAGGUUCGAUAAACUUAAAUUUCUCGUGAUACGAAGAAUUAAUUUUGUUUUAGGAAAGUAAAAUCUCUUUGUUAACUUUACAUGAUAGAGAACACAAUGAAUAAAUUCUUUCAAGAAAAAAAAAAUGUAAAAUACACAUCAAACUCUUUAUAAGAAAUAAAAAUAAAAAUAUAUUGGUAUUAGUGACAUGUUAAAACACAACAUCAAAUAUGCACAUGUGGUAUAUACACGCACGCACACAAAUUACCGUUCAACGGUCUCACACCUCAAAGGCUAUAUAAAGAGGGUUGCUUUGCUCUAUUCUCAGAACCAACUCAGUCUUCUUCUUCAUCUUGAACUGUAACACAAAACAGAGAGCGACGUAUAGCAAACCAAAGCUCCAUUCUUUUCGAUCUAACCAUCUUCUCCACUUCAAACCCAUUUCUGAAAACGUAUUUUUAAAUCAUAAUUUCUCCAAAAGUUUUCAUUUUUGUUUCUGAAUAACAAUGAAGAGGCUCCGAGGUUUCAAGAUCGGACACAGAUUCGUUAAGAUCUUCAAAUGGAUAAUCCGAAGUAGAAGAAUCCAAACCGGGAAACGCCAAUGUCUGACCGGAAUCCUCAACCCGGUUCAAAAAAUCUGUUCUUUAGCACGGUGCCUCCGUCGUGGAGCUAAUAGACUCUGCGGCGGAAAGAAAACGGGUCAGACCCGGUUAGGUAACGAACCGAAACCGGCGGCUGUUCCCAAGGGGCAUUUAGUGGUUCACGUGGGAGAAGCCGGCGACGAUACGCGGCGCGUGGUGGUUCCGGUGAUUUAUUUUAACCAUCCUCUGUUCGGAGAGUUGCUGGAGCAGGCGGAGCGGGUUUACGGGUUUGAACAAUCGGGUCGGAUUACGAUACCUUGUCGGGUGUCGGAUUUUGAGAAGGUUCAGAUGAGGAUCGCCGCGUGGGAUCGUUGCCGACAGAAGCGGACUUUCAAGAUUAUUCUCUAAUUUUGACUUCAAUAAAUAAAUAAAAACAAAUAAAUAUUUAGCUUUUUUUUUUCUUCUCCUAGUUGAGGAAAAAAAAGAGUGCAAAUGUCAAUUACAGAGAUGUGACUUCCAUUCCAUCCACUUUAUGUGAAUAACUCAAUAGAUUAUACAAACAUACCAAUACAUUUUAAUUUGAUGUCAUUCGAGUAUGUUAGUAAUAAAAAUAUAAUUCAUUUAUAUUGUAAGAAAGUAGAAACUCUAGUAUAUUCUGGAUUCCGGCUAGAUGUUGUUUCUUAUUACACGAAGUGUUUUGUGUAGCAUCUGUCAUGAGCAUCAAAUAUAGUAUAUGUUACCAACACGAACAGAUCAAGAGUUUUUGACACGGGGUUAGUUAUGAUAUUAUGGAGCAAGGUUAUUUGUAGGAUGGAUAUAUACAUCAUUUGUUUAAAGUUUGACAAGGCAUAUUCAUAUUGAGAUACGGUCUACACUAGUGAAAUAAGGAUCCAAUUCCUAUUAUGGUUAGGCUUAUGAGUUAUGAACCGACUUUGAAUUGUGUAUAUAUCUUUGUGUCUACACUCUAAUGAAUCAAGUUAAUUUGAUAACAAAUCAUGAAUUCUAUAAAUCAUGAAUUCUAUAUUAUUAUGGUUACGCUUGUGGAUCGAAGUUAAAGUUUCUGCAACAUAAGUUUUGUGAUUAAAAACAAAUCAUGAAUCCAACUUACUAAUUGAAGUUCAGUGAAAGUAAUUAGACGUAUAGGAAAGAUGAAAUAUCGUUCUCAGAAUUUCAAUAGUUUUGAAACUUAUUAAUGUUAGUAGGGAAAAUGUGGUUUGGAGCUAGAUUCUGUUACAUAUUUUGUGUACUGACCAAUAUAAAGAAUACAAAGAUUUAACUUUUAUAAGUCUUCGCAAUUUGUAUCUUUUUAGGUUUAUCUAAUAAGGAUUUUUAAUGUAAAACCCCCUCAAUUAAGUUUAUUUUGGAUAAAAACCCUUGAACUAAAUAUUCAAUGAAAAAACCCCCAACCUAAGUAAUCGUAAUGAAUUGGCCCCUCCGUUACUUGUCACGUUAAAAUUUUGAAAACCCCGUUUAGUUGAAACAGAGCGUUUACUAUCAACAGAAAAACGACCUGGUUUUCUUCUUCUUCUUCUUCAUAUCUGAGACUCGAAAAUACCCAAAUAUAAAUUAGGGUUCUUCAAAUUUUUGAGUUUAUAUUUGUUCCUCAAGUUAAAGCUUUUGUUUUCCUCUCCCAGUUAAGUUUUAGUUUACGUAAUUGAAAACGUACGGUGUUUGAUUCUCGAAAAGUUGAUGUUGCUUGAGAGUUUUAGAGCCAAUUUUUAGAAGUGAUACUGUAUAUUGUAGCUUGUGUCUUUGAAUAUCAUUGUGGUUCAAAAACUGUCAUUGUGGUUGUAGCUCUUGAGAUUGAACCUUGAUUAAAUCCUCCAACAGAAAAAGUGAAGCAAGGAAGCUUACCACACAAGAAAAAGAACAAGAAGAAGAAGUGACCAAGGAGUCACGUAGAAGAAUGAAGAAGUGGAAGCAAGAGAUUGAUUACCACCCAAAGAAAGAAGAAGAAGCAAAAGCCAACUAAAAACAAGAAGUCCAACGAGAAGUUGAGAUGUGACUUUAGUCACAAAGAAGCUAUCAAGGAAGAGUGAAGAGAAAGAGCAAGGUUGUGUUAAGAUGAAACACAAGUAAACAAAAACAGAGAGUGUGAGUGAAGUAAAAUAGAGUGAAGGUGAGUGAAGUAAAAUAGAGUGAAGGUGAGAGAAGCUCUUGAAGUAAAAUAGAGUGAAGGUGAGAGAAGCUCACCAAGUAUGAACAAGAGAAGAAAGAGAGGCCGGCCGUGAGAAGAGUCGACUCAGCUCUCGGUUUCAACUCUAACACCAGACUAUAACUCACCCUCUCCCAAACUUAGCGUUUCUCAAACUUUCACAAUCACCAAAUAAAACUCAGAAUCCUUCUCCUUUAAAAAUUAGGGUUUAUCCCUAAUCUCUCGUAGGAAUUUUUAAGACAUUUAAAAAUUUAAAAUUAAAUCAUAAACAACAUGACAUUUUACUUAAACAUCAUACUGUUUUAUUAACAAAUCCUAUUGUUUUAAGACAUUCCCAAAACGAUGUGUUUGGUUUAACGUGACGAGUAACGGAUGGCCAAUUCAUUACAAUUAUAUAGGUUGGGGUUUUUUCCAUUGAAUUUUUAAUUUAGAGGUUUUUAUCCAAAAUAAACUUAAUUGAGGGAGUUUUACGUUAAAAAUCCAUCUAAUAAUGUUAAACAAAGAUUUUAGAUGUAGAAAAUUAGAAAUAUGAUUGAUGGACAGUACAAUGUGAACAACAGAUACAAUAUACUUAUGAUUCAAAUUGUACUUUUCAAUACUAUAGGCAUCUAGCUGGAGUAGCUCAGUUGGUUAGAGCGUGUGGCUGUUAACCACAAGGUCGGAGGUUCGACCCCUCCCUCUAGCGGUUGCUUUAUUUUUCGCUGAUUAACUCAUUAAACUCACUAUAGGAGAACUAAACAUCACAACUACCAAUCAUGAAACUAAACACUCCCUUGUCUCUAAGCACGAUUGCAUUGUUCUGAAGCAGAAAAAUAUUGAGAUAGUCAUUUUAGCCUUUACUUCAUGGAAUCGAAUUAUUGUUAUUUAGUUUUGCUUGCUUCGAGAUCUUAACCACUUUCUUGCACCUAAUGUGUUUUGGGUCUUUCUAUGGUUUCUCUAUUUUUCGCUGAUUAACUCAUUAACUCACUAUAGGAGAACUAAACAUCACAACUACCAAUCAUGAAAC